AGGGUGUGUGAACAGAGUCCUUAACAACCCACAAAUGUUCUCCCCUGCCAGARUGGACAUUGCGGAAACCAUCCGGCUCUUUGAGGUCGACCCGACAGUCGACGGCAAGCGGGACGACCCGGUGUCGCAUUUCGUGGCCAGAGGGCGUUAUUUGGAUGGGUCGACGGCGGCGGGCAGGAAGAGUGGUCGUCGAUGCCUGUGCAGGUUGUGCGGGCAUUCGAUUUGUGGGGGCGCUAAAACUGCCAAGGAGCACUUCUUGAAGAGCGAGAAGUUCCGAUGUGAGGCAGCCACUCCUGCUGUGUGGAAUGCGAUCUGGUCGAAGGACAUGACAAAAUGUCCAAAGGAGUUCGCGUCGGCCAUAGAAACGUUGCAGAGCCACUUGCCAGGUCAUCCGAGCUUGCAGUGGCCACCUCUUCGAUUCCCCGAGGACGCAGUGCCGCCGCUGGUUCCUCCCACCGCCCCUUCUGGAGCCGUCGCAUCGCCCAAUUCUGGGGCUCCGGCCAUUCGAGUCACGGUACCGCGUCCUGCAACAACAGUUGCAACACGACCGGCAGCCCCGCCGUCUGCGCCGCUGGCUAGGACACGAGGUGCUCGCGAUGUGGGAGUUGGUCGUUCUACGCCAGCCAACGAGCCUCCGCCUCUGAGGGAUGGUGUGGGCUCUGUGGCAUUUGACAAGGAGAGCACACGUGCAUUUUUUGAGAGUCGCAGGUGGGGGGGGAGUGCCGGCAGUUCAGCGCCCUCGCUCGCCCCUGUUUUCAGGAGUGCUAGGCAGUCAGAUGCCGCACGGGGUGGUACUGCGGUGGCACCUGGCGCAUCACCCCGCAGUUCGUCGGAGCACCCCUGGCUGCCACCGCCAUCGUCGAGAGCGGCGCAGCGUCCAAUGGUCCACCACGCUCACGGAACCGCCCACCCGGAUCCGUCACACGCACCUGCAGAUGCUCGACAUUCUGCUUCCGUGCCUCGUUUCGGGGAACAGGUGGAUCAUGGGGUGCCUGCCGAGGAGGUCCCCGCUCCGGUGUCCGAUUCAUCGCCGACCCCUGUUCCGACAACCACGGGCGUUGGUCAGUCUGCCCCACAGCCUCCACCCGUGUUGACCGGAAUGUUAGACCCUUUGCAGCGCAUUCGUGAACUUGCAGUCGCCCAGAGCGCGACACCUGUGAGCCCUGGCGGGUUGUUGGAUGCUGGGGUCCUCGGCGGGAGAGCUACGACGGGCCGAUGUCGGGGCACUUACAGGCAGCAAGCCGUCACGUCAUAUUAUUCGGACCCUUUGGAGCGCGCAUGGCAUCAGCAAAUUAUGCGGUUCAUCGUCGAGAGCGGGAUGCCGUUCAACAGCACGAAGCUUGAAAGCUUCCAACGCAUGUUCACGAUGAUAAUCCCGCCGGGGGUUCCAGGGGCGCCCGCGCCUAGACUUCCCUCGUACCACAUGUUGCGCACGACCCUUUUGGACGAGCUGGAUGGUGAGGUCCAGAAGUGUGUUCGGCCGGUGCUUGACACGCCGAGAGAGACCGGUUGCACAAUCAUGACCGAUGGUUGGACCAACAUCCGUGGUCAGACGUUGUGCAACUACCUUGUUGGUACAGAGAUCGGGGUGGUGUAUGUGUCCACCUACGUCAUGCGUGGCAAAAAGGACGCCAGUGCGCUCGCGAACGCAUGGUUGAAAAGGGUGAAGUCCAUGGACGUUCGAUUGAGCGAUAUCACGGCGUUCGUGACGGACUCCGCCGGGGUGAACGUCGCGGCGAUGGAGGUAUUCCAAAAAGAUGAGAGCGUGAAACACAUCUUCUGGAUUCCUUGCGUCGCCCACAUCAUGGAUCUCAUUCUCGAGGACAUCGGCGGGAUUGAUUGGGUGGCUUCCCGCAUUUCUCAAGCGAGGCUGGUUACAAGGUUCUUCAACACCAUGGACAUGCGAGAGAGAGGCGGCGCUGUGUUCUUCCACGUGGCGUCCCUUGUGCAGUCGUGUGUAGUUAUCGACUUCAUGUCCUUGGAAGCGGCGUCGGGGAUGGAUAUUGACGGCGAGGUCGGGCGUGACGGUCUGUCGACGGCAGAGAGGACGGUUGUCGCUUCGGCGGUGAAUGCCGUCCUUUUCCGUUGCCAAAUGGCGAGCAGAGAGGGGAAGUUCAAAGCGGCCGUUCGUGCAUGCUGCAAGCCGUCUGCGCUGCCGACGAGUGGCCAGUGCUUGGACGUCGGUGCCAUUUCCGACGCGGUGCUGCAGGUCUGCUACGCGAUGGGGUGCGGCGCGUUCCCACGGGGGACUCCAAGGUGGUGGAUGAAGCGGCGGACAAGAGGUACGUGGGAGGAUCUGCGGCAAUGUGAUGACGCGACAGAUGAGUACUUCAAGGACAAGCUUCGAAUGUCGCCGCGUGUUUUCCGUGAGAUCGCGGAGACUCUUUCCCCACUCCUGCAACGCCGUGUCACGUUCUACAGGGUGCCCUUGCAGUCGGACCACAUCAUCGUGUACGCUCUGUAUAGGUGGGCGACGGGGGAGACAUACGACAGCGGGACGUGUAGCUUCGGCAUUGGCAGGUCUUCCGGCAUCACGGCGGUGCGGGACGUCACUGCGGCAUUGCUUACUGCGUACCUCGAUAAGAUAUCCUAGCCCACAGGUUUGUAGAAGGCGGUCGUCUUGCGCGCCUUCGCAGACAAGGGUUUUCCAAACUGCCAUGGGUUCAUCAACUGCACCCACAUC